AUGGGGGUUUUGAACCGCGGAAAGAAGCAUAAUGAAUCGUCUGUUGGCCCAGCCCUCGCUGCGGUCCUUCCGGAUGACCCAAGGCCCUGGUACCGGAUUGGAUACCUCUUGAAGCUCAACUGCUGCCUCAUGGUGCCUCUUCUCUCUUCGACCACCCUGGGCUACGAUGGAUCCAUGAUGAACGGCCUCCAAACCCUCCCUCAGUGGCGAACCUUUUUCGAUCAGCCAGAGGGAGCGAUCCUUGGCCUCAUGAACUCUGUGUACCCGCUGGGCAAGGUGGUCGGCAUGGUGGCCGUCACGUAUAUCUCUGAUCGCUGGGGUCGCAAGCUUCCUCUCCUCAUCGGCGUGGUGACAUGCAUUGGCUUUGCCAUCAUGCAAGGGCUGUCUCAGAACCUGGGCACCUUUGUUACGGCGCGAGCCCUGCUGGGGUGUUCGACCUCGUUUAUCAGCCAGGCGAGCCCUAUUCUCAUCACAGAGUAUUUCGGUGCCAUCUUCGCUGCUUGGUCUACCUUUGGGACCUUCAAGAUUAGUUCGACUUGGAGCUGGCGCAUCCCCUCCCUACUCCAGGGAGCCAUACCGGCAAUUCAACUCGCAGGACUGUUCUUCGUCCCUGAAUCCCCAAGAUGGCUCGCAUCUCGUGGUCGGAAAGAAGAAGCUCGGCAGAUUUUUGCCACCUAUCACGCCGGGGGAGACGUCAACUCCCCCCUGGUGGCUUUUGAAAUGGACGAGGUCCAGCAAGCGCUCAGCGAAGAAAGUCAAGAAAUGUCCCAAAGUUCCUGGCUCGAUCUUGUUCGAGGACAAGCUAAUAGGAGGCGCACUCUUAUCGCCGUCAUCGUUGGCUGGUUCUCCCAAUGGUGCGGCGUCGCCGUGACAUCGUACUACCUUACCCUUGUCCUCAACACUAUCGGCAUCACGGAAGCAAAGGACCAGACUCUCAUCAACGGUCUGCUUCAGGUCUUUAACUGGAUCAUCGCAACCUUUCUAGGCGCUCUCAUGGUUGACCGCCUCGGCCGACGUUUCCUCUUUUUGGUCUCAACCGCAGGCAUGCUAGCCAGCUAUAUCGUCUGGACCGGCCUUACCUCGUACUUUGUUAGCAGCCGUGACGAAGCAGCUGGCCGCGCUGUGGUUGCCUUCAUCUUCAUCUUUUACUUCUUCUAUGAUAUUGCGUGGACACCCUUGUUACAGGCCUACCCCGUCGAGAUCUUCCCCUUUACGCUUCGCAGUCGCGGACUGUCUCUCACUUAUAUCACUGCGUCUACGGGCCUUAUCGUGGGAAAUCAGGUCAACCCUAUCGCGAUGAAGGCUAUCGCCUGGAAGUAUUACAUUGUCUUCUGUUGCAUCCUUGGUCUACUCUUUGCCAUCAUCUGGUUCCUCUUUCCAGAGACAAAGGGCCGUACCUUGGAGGAGAUCCGAGAGGUUUUUGAGGGUGAAUCGUCCACCGAUAGGGACAUUGAGAAGGAGGACAAGCUCAAAGUGGAUGGUAGAGCCACUCCUACCGGGCAUGUCCAGCACAAGGAGCUUGAGCGUUCUUAA